GCAUUGCGUUCGACUCUAUAGGUGCGUUGGACAAAACCGUGACGCACUUGACGCCGCCGAACGUAACCUUAAAUUCUGGAUUGCGAAACGCAGUGUAUCUCUUGCAGCAUACAUAACUCUAAAAUUGCAUAGUGCAAAUUAUUAUUUAAAAAAUGGAUGAAAAUCUUGCUCUGCUUUUAUGGCUUCGAAGGAGGAAACGGCGAAAUCGAUUGAAAGAAAAUAGAAGAACGGCUCGUUGGUGGAUUCAUCCAAUAAUUAGAGAACGAUUUGAACAAGGUGCAUAUGAAAAUUUGAUAUUGGAAUUGCGAAAUGAUCCUGAGCGAUUUUUCAAUUUUCAUCGAAUGUCACAUAAUCAAUUUGAUCAAUUGCUAGCUGUAGUUGAAAGUCAAAUAACAAAACUGCACGUAACAAGAGAACCCCUGAGUGCUGGAUUACGUCUUUCAUUGACUAUACGGUACCUUGCUUCAGGUGACAGCAUGAUAAGUUUGCAUUAUUUGUACCGUAUUGGUAAAUCUACUGUUCCAAAAAUUAUUACGGAAACGACUCAUGCUAUUUGGGUGGCACUUAUGCCAAGAGUUCUUCCACGACCUACGGCUGCAACAUGGGCCAAAGUUGCUAUAGAUUUUGAACAGAAGUGGAAUUUUCCUAACUGUGUCGGAGCCAUUGAUGGUAAGCACAUUCAAGUACAAUGUUUCAAAAAUACGGGCUCGGCUUUUUAUAAUUAUAAGAGUCAAUUCAGCACAGUUCUACUUGGAGUGUGCGAUGCCAACUUAAGAUUUAUUUAUGUGAGUAUUGGUUCUGCUGGAAGAGAAAGCGACGGUGGUAUUUUUCGAAACACGGAUUUUGGAAAGCAUUUAAUGGAUGGAACUUUAGCAUUACCUCCACCAAAGAAUCUUCCAAAUACAAAUAUUUCCUUGCCUAUGGUGUUUGUCGCAGAUGCAGCAUUUCCACUUCUAACGAAUAUGAUGAGGCCAUAUCCAGGUACCAAUUUGACUGCGGAUAAAACCAUUUUUAAUUACCGUCUUAGUAGAGCCAGGAGAUUAAUCGAAAACACUUUUGGAUUGAUGUCAUCACGUUGGCGAAUCUUUCGAAAGCCAAUUAUUGCAUCGAUUCCAAUUGUAGAAAAUAUCAUUAAAGCUUGUGUUGUUUUGCAUAAUUGGCUUAUAAAUGAAGAUCUUCAAAUACUACCUGCUCGUAGAAGAUACAUUCCGAAUGAUUUGGUUGACCGUGAAGAUUGCUGUGAUAAUACAGAAAAUGUGAUAUGGAGAGUGGAAGGACAGCUACCUUUAUGGCAGAACUUAACUGCAACUACAUGUAGAAACUCUUCAAAUGAAGCAAAACAAGUUAGACAGGGAUAUACAAAGUAUUUUAUGGAGGAAGGUGCCGUAGAUUGGCAGUGGAGAAAAAUAGCAAAUUUUGAAGAACGUUGUUUAUGAUACAAACAAAAAAUGCUCGACUUGAAUUCGAAGGACAUGGUGACGUUGAAGGAGGCCGAGACAUUAAUGAUGAAUACGAACUACUAGCUGUUGAAGAGCAUGGAGAAUUUAAAUUUCGAAGCACAGGACUAGGAGAGUUUGACGAGAUAUAAGGCGUAUUAUUCGUCAAAAUAGGAGUUAACA